UAUAUUAUUAUUCACUGCGGUUUUAACGUUUUGUGAAGAAAAAUACCUUAAACUUUUAAAUAAAAUCCAUCGUAAGGAUGUGUCUGGAUAUACGUCGUCUAAGGAUCGUCCUUUUGUCACUUGCAGUCGUUUCCAGUGCUUCUGGACAAGGUUACAAUUAUGAUAAUCCUAGUGAAUGGAACAACGAAUACGAAACAUGCCGUGGAAAUAGACAGUCUCCAAUUGAUUUGUUUCGCAGUCAAGCUAUCAAUGAAACCAAUUUACCUAGAUUAUCAUUUAAUGAGUAUAACAUUCCCAUAACGAUGCCCGUUGAAGCAAUUAAUAACGGUCAUACAGUUCAUGUAGAUGUCAACAAUGUAGUUGAUGGAAAUCGUCCAUCUGUAACCGGUGGUGGAGUGAAUGAAACCUACGAAGCCCAAAGCUUUCACUUCCAUUGGGGUUCACAAGACUCCAAAGGUUCAGAGCAUGAAAUCAAUAAAAAGAAAUACGAUGUUGAAUUGCAUAUUGUUCAUAAAAAUGUUAAAUUUGCUAAUCUUACUGAAGCCUCUAAAGAUCCAUCGGGAAUUUUAGUUUUGGGUAUUAUGCUUAAGAAAUGGCAGUUUGUACCAACUCCAAGAACUGGAUUAAACGAAGUAUACGAUGUCCUUCCUGAGCUUUCUAAGUACAAUUCAAGAAAAGCACUGAAUCAUUCAAUCACCAUGGAUUCCAUUUUAAGUGGAUUAAAUACACGACAUUUUUAUACUUAUCAAGGUUCGUUAACUACUCCUCCAUGUUCAGAAGCUGUAACCUGGUUUGUUUUCCCAGAUGUUGUACCAAUUCAAAGUAGAUAUCUUAAACGUUUUUGGAAUUUGUAUGAUUCAAGAAAUGUUCCCUUGUUGAACAAUUUUAGACCAAUACAAAAUACAGAAGGACGUGAUGUAUUUUAUCGUGAAGGAAAACAAGCUCAAAAACGAUGAAUGAUUCUAAAUGGUAUCGACAAAAUGAAUAUUAGAUUUA